GCCGUUUAGAAUUAUUGUUUGUGGAUAAUGGGAUCAAAUUUAGCCUGUGAAUUUGAACAGGAGGCAUCCCAGUAGGGAUGUGGCAGUAAAGACCUUUCCUUCUGGACGAGAGUAGGAGUUAUUUAUCUUAUCACUUGCAGCAUCCUGAGGAUAAAUUAAUAACUAUAAGAAGGGGUUAUUAAUCGAUAACUGGAACGAAACGACCAUCCAGGCUAGUUUCGCUAGGUUGUUCUGCAGUAAUCUAGCAGAUGAGCUGUGAGACCAGCGCUGGAGUUGUGAGGCUCAGAGCCCAAGGGAAGCUUGGGGGCUGGGGGUGGUGUAAAGACAGAGAGCUCACCAGAGGGUAGAUGUCCUACCUCAUAACCCCAGCGCUGGUCUCUCAGCUCGGCUGCUAGAUUACCGCAUUUUACUACAGAGGUAUCUGCAAUCCAUGCUCAUACAGUCAUAACAGCCAGAAACUGGGAACAGCCAAGAUGCCCAUCAGCCGAUGGAUGGAUAAUGAAAGUGAGGUUCAUGUACACAAUGGAAUUAUAGUUAUAUGUUAAAUAAAAAUUUGCAAGUAAAUGGAUGGAGCUAGAAACAAUCAUACUUGAUUAGGUAACCCAGACCCCAAAAAACAAAUAUUUUAUGUUUUAUGUGUUGAUGUUAUCCUUUGAGAUUUUGAUAUGUGUGCUACAAUCCACAUAACCACAGAUAUUAGGAAGCCAAUGUCUUAGUCAGUGUUCUAGUGCUGUGAAGAGACACUAUUACCACAGCAACUCUUAUAAAAAGAAAGCAUUUAAUUUGGGCUUCCUUAUAGUUUCAGAGGUUUAAUCCCUUGUCCUCAUGGUGGAGAGCAUGGUGACACACAGACGUGGUAGCUGAGAGUUCUACAUCCAGAUUCCAAGGCAGCAGGAGGACUUCCAGUGACCCUUCCUCCAACAGGACCACACCUCCUAAUCCUUCUAAGUAGUGUUCCCCUGUGAUGGCUAAGCAUUGAAAUACAUGAGCCUGUGAGAGCCAUUCUCACCCAAACCAUCACACCCGUAAGGGACCAAGGGUGGAAAAGGGAAUCUUCCCAGAAAGGGACGAUAGAAUGUGGUGUUAUGAAGGGAUAAAGGGGACAUUAGCCCAGGAGGAUUAUAGGAAAUUUGGAUGGGAGUGCAGGGUAGAGGAGGGAAUGUAGAAAGGAAAAACUAACAUUAAAGCCCUUUUGAGAAGCCAUAUGAAAAUCUAUUGUAGAAGCUCCCUAAAACACAUACAUAUGUAAAAGCAAUAUAAAUGGAGCCCUCAUAUAAGGAAGAAGACAAUACACCACGUGACAUCAUAUACCCCCAAAUAAAACCUUCAGCAACGGGAGUGCGUUACAUCUUUCUAGGUUAUUGGCCAAAGGGGUUCUGCAGGUAUGUCUGUAUGAGGGUUUCAGACGCCCUGGAACGGAGCCACAGACAGCUGUGAGUUGCCAUCUGGGUGCUGGAAGCUCAAUUCGGUCCUCUGAAAGGUCAGCAAGCAUCCUAACCGCUGAGCCAUCUCUCCAGCCCUUUUGUUUUUUGUUUGUUUGGUUUUUUUUUUUUUUUCUUUUUUUUUUCCGGAACUGGGGACCGAACCCACGGCCUUGUGCUUGCUAGGCAAGCGCUCUACCACUGAGCUAAAUCCCCAACCCCUCCUUUUGUGUUUUUUUAAGAGAAAGAAAAAACAUGAAAUUGCAAGAGGACAUGCAUUCAUGUGAUAAAAAAAUAUACUGUAUGAAAUUCUCAAAAAGACCUUUUCAAACGACUUUGGAAUACUAAGUUCAUAUAAUCACAUAUGGCAUACUCCUUUAAGCACCAAGUUAAUUAGAUAAUUCCAGGUAGUCGCCUACUCUCCUUUAUGAACUAUCUGAAGCUCAGGGACAAGGAUUCACAAAUCCUUACUUUAGCCCUAUCAACUGGAGAUCAGCUAUUUAUUACUUGCCCUACAACCAAAUUGCAAAAUCAGCCUUUUUAAAUUUUUUUUAAUUUACACACACACACACACACACACACACACACACGUACAUAUACAUACACACCCUUUUUUUUUUUUUUUUUUUUUUGGUUCUUUUUUUUCGGAGCUGGGGACCGAACCCAGGGCCUUUCGCUUCCUAAGCGCUCUACCACUGAGCUAAAUCCCCAACCCCCAUACACACCCAUUAAAACUAAUAAAAAUGUUUAUUUGGAAAGGCUUGUCUUCAAUUUUAAAAAGAGAUUUCCGAGGUAAUCUAAUGACAGAUUAGACAUUUCCUUCAUGUGACUGAGGAAGAAGAGAGAAAAAAGGGGAGACCAAAGCAAUCGAGAAAGCGCAGUCAGGACAACAGACAAGUGAAAAACUGUCUACAGCUCCAACCGGAUGAAACGGGAAGCCACGGCCACGGGUUGAUUCAGGAAGCCUUGUGACAAAAGAUUGCCAGGUCUAACCCCAGAAGGAAAAAAAAAAAAAAAAAAACCUCACAGUUCUUACAAACUGUGUGAUGUAAACAGCCUCGACAGCAACGAGGCCACGCAGAGACAGCCAGAGUGUGCCAAACAUUACCUUUGUCUUACUAUAACUGUAAGUUUAGAUAAUUUCAUUUUAAGUAAUGGUCGCACUCAACAAUAGGCCUACAAAAAAGUCUUCUUCCAAUGUCUGCUUAAUUCAGAGUGCCGACUUCUUGGCUAAUUCAACUUUAGAAAUGCAGUGUGAGCUGGCUAUGUUGAUGAAGCGGUGUUGUGAUUUAGGUCUGUGUUACAAACCGACACCAUGGAGGCUGAGGUGGGAGAGACCUCAAGUUCUAAGGCUUUAGACCCUGUAUAGAUAUAAGACUGCCUGUUCAAAGCAUAGGAAUUGGAAAUACUGUGGGGGUUGUUUUGCUUGUUUCGCUUUAUUUUGUUUUGGGUUUUGCACUGUGGUUUAUAUUCUUUUUCAAAGUAGUGCUUCAUAGCCCGGUGAGACAGUCUUACCGUGCGUAAAUUGAUAGGAAUAACAAUUUAGUUGCUAACGAGAGAAAACUGUCUAGGGAGCUGCUUGUCAAAGAAAAACUCGAAGUGUGCAGGGAAGCUGGGAGGCUGGCCAGCGGCCCCGCAAUUCCAGCCUCCUUAUUACAAAUACCUCUAUCAAUGAACAAAAAAGAAACCAGCUCCCUCUCUCUCUCCUCUCCCUCCCCUUUCUCCCCUAUCCCUCUGACUCUAGCUUUGAAGACUCAACAAUACUUUUAUGUCACAGAAUCGAAAGGCUGAACAGAAUGGUUCUAAGAAUUCAAACCACAAAGUUCAAAUUCGCUUAAGCGGCACUGCUGGUGUUUUACUCCAAUCCAAGCCAGCUUCAGUGCGGCGUAUGCUUUCAAUGCAGAGCCUACAUAGAAUCUCCCUGCCAAAAUUAGCAUCACCAGUAGUCGUGGCCGAGUGGUUAAGGCGAUGGACUAGAAAUCCAUUGGGGUCUCCCCGCGCAGGUUCGAAUCCUGCCGACUACGGUAAGAGAAUUGUUUUUGCUAGAGAACAGUUUUGGAUCUGCAGUUUUCCCCGACCCUCCUAGGAUAUUUUAAGAAACAUACAGGCGCUGAGGCGACCAGGGGUCGCGACAGCGUGAAAAGAGACGCUGUUUGUGGUCAGGAGCGGGAGCAGAGCGGGAGAGGUGAAGGGAAGGAGGGAUCCACAGGCUGUGUGGACACCACGGGAAGCGCUGGGACACGCAGCCACCGAAACCAGCAGUGGCGGAGCCUCUGUGGGUCUCCCUUGACCCCCGCCACCGCGAGUGCUCGCUGGUCCGAACCGCCGCUGCGCUCGCCCGGAGUUGACCGGUGGUUUGCGCACGCGCAGAGGAUGGGGGCAGGGGACCCGCUCGCGGGCGCGACGGUUUCUCACGUUGCCUUGGAGACCACCCGCCAGCCUGGCUCCAGAGGGAAAGACGUGUCUGUCCAAGAUGGCGAAGGACCUGGACGAGCUUCUGGAUGAAGUCGAGACCAAGUUCUGCAGACUCGACCCCUUGAGGCUGGACCUGGGUGAGCGGCCCAAAGGCGGCAGCGGCGGCGGCGGCACGCACAGCGGCGACCGGAACGGAGCCCAGGAGAAAGACACUCUCAGAUCAACAGAAACAUUUAAAAAGGAAGAUGAUCUCGACAGUCUUAUUAAUGAAAUAUUUGAGGAGCCUAACUUUGACAAAAAAUCUUUUCAAAAAUUUAAAUCUAAAUCUUCAAGUAACACAUCUGUCAGAGCUCCCAUUCAAGGCCUCAGUAAAAGUUGCAGUCCUGUGUAUCUCAGUGGAAGCGCCAUUCCAUGUGGGAUUGGAACAAAUACUUCACAGAGAGCAUGUGACCGACUGCGUUGUGUAGCCUGUGACUUCCAGAUAGUGAGCUACAAUGACUAUAUGUGGGACAAGUCAUGUGAUUACCUGUUCUUCAGGUAUGUUUCUGAGUUUUACCCUGUGGAAAAUGUACCAAGGGCUUUUCAUUCCUUGGAUGUUUGCGUGUCUUGUUUGGUCUACUUGUCUAGUCAUGGGGUCUCUGACUCUCACCCCCCUCAUCUCCUUAGUCUGUUUGCUGUCAGCCUACAUACGGAUGUGUUUCAGAAUGAGAAUGCAGAAGGAGCCCCAGUGGUUUGUGUGCCCACAACCUCCUUGUUCAGACUGUUCUUUGUGUACUCAUUCUCACAGCAGAGCUCUGAGGAUGGUAUCAUCCUGCCCAGACCUUUGCAUACAGACAUCGUAGUCAAGACUGUCCCUCCAUUACCCAGCUUCUCUUCAACCUUGUCUUCCCACAAAGGGAGGGCUCCCUUUAGCAGCAUCACAGUCUUUUUACCUCGUUCUUUUCCUGACACAUCUGACCCCAUUUCUCUCCCCACACCCUGCCUGUCCUUCCAAGUGUGAUUCAUCAAGCAUCUUGCUUUCUUUGUUCAUCACUCUGUUUGAAACUCACUUGUGCACUCGUGUGUAUACAAUACAAAAUAUAUAUACACAUAGAAAAGCAUAAUUGCACAAGUUUCACAGUCCUGACCCCAAAAAAGGUCCAGCCACCUACUCUCAGCUUCAACUGUUUUUUGCUCUCACAGACGGAAAAUUAACUUUAAAUUCCAGACUCCUUCGGGGUUUGUUGUUGCUGUUGUUUUGGGUUGGGCUGGGUUGGGUUUUGGGGGGUUGUGUUGGUUUGUGUUUUACUAUUCACUCUCUCCUGGUUAAUCUAACAAAAUGGCUAAGCAAGUCUCAUAAGUCACCAACAUGGACAUGAAUUGAGAUGUGUGUAACAUCAAAACAUCAGCAAGCAGGGAAGGGGGGUGGACAGUUGCAAGCACAGUUUGUAAGUGAUUGACGUGGGACAUGAGAAACAUACAGUGUCUCAGUCUUCCAGAAUGGCAAAUAUAGUGGUAUACUCUGGAAACUGAGGCAGGACAGUGAGUUCAAGACCAGACCUUAUUAUAAGAGAAAAGAGACAUUAGUUAGUUUACUAUAGAUGUAUGUUAGUCUCGUUUUAGAAUAUAGUUUACCAAAAAUAGUCAUUACUAGAAUUAUUACACUGUUAAAACUAAAUUAGUGGUUAUUACAUAAAUCAAUGAAAAAUACAAGUUGAACCCUUGAGAUAUAAAAGAAUAUGCUUAAAAGACAAGAGAAAGAGUUAGGGAUUUAGCUCAGUGGUAGAGCGCUUGCCUAGCAAGCGCAAGGCCCUGGGUUCGGUCCCCAGCUCCGAAAAAAAGAACCAAAAAAAAAAAAAAAAAAGACAAGAGAAUACCAACUAAAUACGGUUAUCUCCACCAAGAUGCAAGUUACCGAUGCAUCGCCUCCUGUAAGUCUUUAGCCAAUCGACAGUCGUCAGCACCUCACUGGCCACUCUUAGAAACUGGGCUCAGAAGGUAAAGAGCAUCCAGUUCCUGCUCUGAGAAGUGCAGUUCUGCGAGGGAGGCAGCAUAGAGAACAUCACACUGAACGAUAGUAGAGCUAGAGAGAGAGAAGAUGGAUAUACUUCACCUCCAGCAUCCAGAAAGGCCUGGUUAUUCUGAGGAAGAGUUUAGUCAGACUCAUGCAUGCUAGCCAAGUGUUCUGUGAACAGAGUCUCGUCACUAGUACUUCAGGGGUAUUUUUACAGACACAGAGAGAGGGGAAGUCAGAUGGUGGAGUGGAGUCAGGAGUAGUUUGAACAAGAGCAAGAGAUGACAAGAGCUAAAGUAGUAUAGAAAAGUAAAAAGGGCCCAAGAAAACCUGGGCAGUGGUGGUGCACUGUUAAUCCCAGCACUCAAGGAGGUAGAGGCAGGUGGAUCUCUUGAGUUCAAGGCUAGCCUGGUCUACAGAGCGAUUUCCAGGAUUUCCAGGACUAACACAGAGAAACAGUCUCAAAAAACCUUAGGAUGUCUUAGUCUUAGGAUGUCUUUCUUAUUAGGCCUCUUAGUUCACAAAUGGACUGUGUGAAAGCAAGAAGCUAAACAAUGGAUUCCAGGUACUAUUGAAACUCUCUGAAGCUCCAGGAGGUCUCACAGUUGAAGGCAUGAGAUCGGAUAUUCUUACCCAAGAGGGCAGUGUGGAAGGAGCCAGCGCAGUUAGCAGUUGUUUUACAAUGUUUUGGGCUUACAUGGUAAAGGGAAGGAUGGCUGUGUCAGGGUUGUUUGUGCAGAAGGGUCCAGAAUGCUGAUGGGAAGGAGUUUAUGUAGGAAGAGAGGCUUCUUAAUGACAGUCUUCUAAAAGUGACUGUUCUGAAGACCUGCUGAUGUCACUAGUUGGAGAUGACAGGCAGAACAGAGUGGGAGGCGAGGAGAUUCACUUCUACCUCAGAUACUCACCUGUGAGCUUCUGAUGCAGCUCACUCUUUACUGGGGAAACGAGUCUGUCACUUCUCUACCCUGAACAUUGCCACCUCCUCUGUGCCAGAGAGGGGGCUACGACACUUGGUAGGGUCCUGAGCGCUCACUAGGACAGUGAAGACGCAACAUCUAUUGGUCCCAUCGCUGAAAGUAAGAGUAGUAGAGAAUAGAUGAAACACAAGGAACCCAGGGACUGAGUCCCCAAGGGACAGCAGGGCAGUGAGGGAAUAGAAGGUUUCGCAGUCCAUCACGUGUCCACCGAGCAUAGCAAGCAUCUGUGCUUUGUGGCGUCAGGUGUGUGCUUGUCCAGUGGAUGCUGUACGGUUGCUUCAGUGUUCUUUUACAAGUCAGGAAUAAGCAUGAGGUAGCUUCCACAAACUCUAGCUCUUUGUAAAGGAAACAUAAGCCAGAUUUACUGACCACCCUGCCACUAUAGCUUAAUGAAAUUCUUGUAUUUGUCUAUUAAAUCAUAUGUUCUCCUUAAAGGGAAAUAAUAGCAUAAUUUAUUUUCUAAGCUUUUAAGAUAAGUGUUCCUUUAAAAAAUUACUUGAAAGAUACUACUGAUUUAUCCAGUAUCUAUGAUUUUUAUUUCUAGAAUCUCUAAUCAGUCAGAUAGUAAAUGCUAAGUUUAGCAAAAUAUUGAAUUUAGCAGAUUGAAUAAAGGGAGUAUUGCCUCCUUUCAUUAACUUUGUAUUUCUGGGCUUGUAUUUUAUUCUAAUAAAACCAGAUUAUUGUGUUCUUUCCCUAGUUCUCCAGAACCCUUGCUAGGUCAUCACUGGCCAGGGCGCCACUUUCCAGAACUCGGACAGUUGCCCUGAAACUCCAGGGUUUUGUAGGCUCUCACCAUCUGAAUAGUGCCUGAAUUUGCACACUGCAGUAGUGAAUGUGAUACACAUUGACCACCAGGGGGCACUUUGGAAACUGCCUUCUCAAGGGACCAAUAAGCAGUGGAUCUCGGCCUGUUUAGCAUUCACAGCAUUUCACCAUUUCUCUUGGGUUUGGUUUUUUUCCAACAGUUUACUUUUAGCUUAUCCAGUUUUAUUUUCCAAAGAUAUGUUCACAAACUCAUUGUGUAAGUUAUAAAGAUUAUAGUUGAUUUUCUCUUAGUAACUAAUCUCACAGUAAUUUCUGUAUUCAUAUAAUGCAAGCAAACCCAGUGGUUCUAUUUUAAGAUCCUUUCUUGUUCCUUCAGUUGUUUGUUACCUCAUUUACACUUUAGGAUGGGUGCUUUGUUGCUGAUAGAAUAAAUCAGCAGAUCACUUAUACAAUGAAAGAGAGUCUGAGUUCCGCUUCAAGCGACAGACUCGCUUCCCCAGUCAAGAGUGCUAUAGCCAGUGCAUCAGAAGCCCCGCCUUCCCGCCCUUGUGUAGGCCUUUGUGGCACAGGUGAGUGUCUGAGGUAGGAGGGAGCCUCCUCACCUCCCAUCUGUUCUCAUGCCUGUCAUCUCCAACUAGUGACUAGUGACAUCAGCAGUUCUCAGAACACUCUCUUCUAGAAGAUUGCCAUUAGAAAGUCAGGGAAACACUGUCAGAAACAGACACCUCAGGAGUCCCCUGCUGCUGAUAUAAGCAGACCAAAGUUCUUGAGUUUUAGUUUAAGAGGCUGCAGGGAACUAAACAUAAUGUUUUAUUUUUCUUUUGCAUUAUUAAACGCUAAACGCAGACAUUACACUUAAACUUGUCUGUUUCACCACAGAAACAACAUGCCAGAAUUCCACAAACUCAAAACAAAGUUGAUCGAGAAGAAGGGAGCACGGGCAUAUGCCUGCCAGUGUAGCUGGAGAACUGUGGAAGAGCUCACUGACCUGCAGGCAGACCAUGAGCUCCGCUGGGUCUGUGGUAAACACUGAAUGCAGACCAUUCAGGUUCCAAUAGCUGCACUGGGAAGAACAUGUUCCACGCACCAAACUUGGGCACCAGUACACGGCAGUAUUGUGCCCUUUGGGAAGAGGCAACAAGUUUUGUGUAACUUCACACACUUUUGAAGACCAAAUGGACUGGGAAAGACAUAUGUACUGUGACACCUUGGCAUUCUUCCUUUUGACAUGGACAUUUUACUUAGAAGGUUAAAAUAUCUGUGUUCACCAGUCUGUCUCCUUUUAAGGAUUGAAACUUUGACAUUUUGUGCAAAUUUACAGCUUUCCCGCAGCAACUGCCAUACUGACUGCUAAUCCACUCCAUACGGUCCUCGUGUAUCAUUGUCAUUAAAGAGGGCAGAGGGGUCAUUGUGUAUGAGUGUUCAUGGCUCUUCCUUUUCUGAUCCAUCAUUAUCAGAGACCAUAAGGUGGACAUGACAAAAAAGUAGAUGACAUUAGUUACUGAGGGGUUGUCAAGAGUGCAGGGAACAUUGUAACCCUUUCUCACAUAUAUCUCUUCUUGCCUCACCAACUCAACUCAGUAUUGUGUGUAAUAGUAAUAAUGAUGUUCCAGUUUUAGCACAUUUCCCUCCUUUGCUCAUCGAAAUAUCAAAAGUUGUUAGUUUUCUAUUAGCAAACAUCUGUUUAUAAAAGAUUUUUGAUGCAACUGAAGUCACUAAAAUCUUACAAAUAAGUCACUGCUAGGCUUUUCAAGUAUCUUCCGCAACUCUACGUGAGCAGCGGUACGAUGGCGUUCAGAUGACCUGCAGACUUUCUAAUAGUAUCCGGUCGGUCCAUUCUUUAUUGAAAUAUAGAGAACAAAUGGGUAGUCAUUGGGCUCCCGUGAUAUCACUGAGAUGGGAGGAACCGUAUCAUAGUAACAUGCAUUACCUCAGUUUAUGUCCCAGCCCCAUGUGUGCCUACUUCCUGAGUGCGAGUUAGUGUGGGACACAGGGCACUCUGAAAGGGUGCACAUAUGAUCUGACUGGUUUUCUCUUAACUCCAUUCUCAACACCAAGCAAAGCCUCUGAUGGCUGAAGGUUUCCUCCUAGGCUCGGGGUCUCGCUCAGCAAUAGCGUGUGCAUUGCGUGCAUGAGGCCCUCAGUUUAUUCCUGUAGACAAAAGAAGACAAAGAGGCAAGCUUUUCCUGACUCUGACACAUUUGUGUACUGAAAAACCUUUAAUUGCAGCAAAAGAGAUCUCAAAGUAGCUGAUGCUUGAAUUUUUGUAUGUAGAUAGAUUUACAAGUUUUCUUUCAAUAAACCUAUUUACUCCUCAAAA